CAUGGGGAACACUAUAAUGGUGAGGAGAAACAAGGUGAAAGUUAUGAAGAUCGACGGUGAUAUUUUCCGGCUCAAAAGUCCGGUAACAGCGAGUGACGCCACGAAGGAGUAUCCCGGACAUGUGCUGCUAGACCCGGAGACCGUGAGACGGUUAGGAGUUCGCGCCAAACCGCUAGAGCCAGAUCAGAUCUUAAGGCCGAAUAAAACGUAUUUUCUGGUGGACCUUCCGUUGGUAGAUAAGAGGAAUAAGCUUCCAUACCGGAGAGUUAUGUCUGGUAAUAUACAUGUUGGCGCCAAGGAGCGUCUGGAGAUGUUAAUGCUUUCUAGGAGAACGGUUUCGGACAUCGGUGUCGGUAGUUUAGACAGUGGAGAUGGGCCUGGACCUGCUGGACAGACGAGGGUGACAUUGAGGCUGCCUAGGUCUCAUAUCACGAAGUUAAUGGGAGAAUGCCAAGAUGCUUCCGAAGUCGCGGCCAGGAUUGCAAGAGUUUAUUUGGAGAGCUCCGGUGAGAUACAAGCCGGAGAUAACGAUGGCCUACGUCGGAAAAUUGGAAUCUUUGAGAAAAAGAACCAUUACAAAGCACAAGAGAAGCACGUGAGUUUCGCAGAGAAAGGAGGGAGAGGAGAGAUCGUUGUUUUAUAAUACAUCGCACGAUUCAAGGUUUCCAUAGUGUAUCUUGGUCACAAAGAUUUGUGAGUUUCGGCUCAAAACAGUUUCGGCUCAAAACUUCGAAGUGUAAACUUUUUUUUUCCUUAUUAAAACGUAUUUUAAUUUGUACAUUGGUAGCACAGUGCUACUAGCACUCAUUAUUUUUGUUUUCAAUGUUGGGUUG